UAGAGAUUUUGAGACCGCGCUUCUGGAUCGACCCGCCAGCCCGAGCUGCUCGGGGAUGCCCCACAUCUCCGUAACCAUCAUAAGCUGCCGUACUCGACGACUUGAACACUUGCAAUAUGGCUCACCAGCGCAAUCAGCCCUCGAUGGGCGACUCGCUCAAGACUCCUCAUUCGGUGAGCUUGAAGGUGCUGAGACUGUCGCGACCGUCGCUCGCAACGCAGUACCCGCUGCCAGACUCGCAGGAGCUGGGCAUCUCGCCCAAAGCUUCACUCGCAUACCCGUCGGACACCAACAAGAACAACAAAUUCAUCCUUAGUCCAGCCCUCAACCUCCCCGAAGCUUUCGGCAGCGCCUACGUCGGCGAGACGUUCUCGUGUACAUUGUGCGCCAACAAUGAACUCCUUCCCUCCGACCACACGAAAUCAGUCAGUGGCGUGAGAAUACAAGGCGACAUGCAGACCCCGUCGAACCCCACCGGCUCGCCGUUGGACCUCACAGGUGCCGACGGGGAGGUCGAUGGUGCUGUGUCUCCAGCUCCUGGCGAGUCUCUGCAGCGCAUACUGCGAUUCGAGCUCAAAGAAGAAGGGAAUCACGUCUUGGCUGUGACUGUUACGUAUACAGAGACUGCUCUUGGCGAAGGCAAAGCUUCGGGGGGCCGAGUACGGACGUUCCGCAAGCUCUACCAGUUCGUUGCGCAGCAGCUGUUGAGCGUGCGGACAAAAGCUGGGGAGCUGAGCCAGAAAGACGGCAAGUCUAGAUACUUGCUAGAGGCUCAGCUGGAGAACAUGGGCGAAGCUGCUGUGAGCCUCGAGGCAGUCACUGUUAAUCCGAAACCCCCCUUGAUGGCGACAUCUCUAAAUUGGGAUAUGCCUUCCCCGGGAUCUGGUCAAGCUAAAGCCCCUAUACUGACACCUCGCGAUGUCAUACAAGUCGCAUUCCUGCUAGAUGAGCAGCCCAACGUGGAAGAGUCCCAUGACGAAGCCUCAAUAACAGAUGACUCUAGGAGGAUUCUCGGUCAGCUAGCGAUACAAUGGCGGAGUGCGUUGGGCGACCGCGGGUCCCUCAGCACCGGUUGGUUGACGAGCCGACGAUGAGGCUGCGAUUGAGUUUGGCUACAGAACUUAAUUGCUGUGCCUUUUUUCCGACACGAUCUUAGGCUCUGGUACCUGCCGCCCACAAG